GCGCGAGCCCAACGGCCUAGGCGCGCGCCACCUCGCGGCGGGAGGCGCGGGGGAGGGGCCGGGGGAGCCCCCGCCCCGCCCCCCGCCUCAGCCGCCGCCGCCAGCUCGGUGGAGCCCCCCGCCGCCCGCCAGCCGCUCUCCGGAGCCGCCCGCCCGCCCCCUUCCCGCGUCUCGGCUCCCUCCCUGCGCAGCGGAAACAUGGCGGCGGGAAGGGAGUGAGCCGCCCCGCGCCCCCGCCGCGCCCGCAGAUGGAGAAAUUAGCAUACAAAGAAACUGACUUGUCAGAAGUCAGAGCAAGGUAUUGGUGGAUCCAGGGAUAAAUCCCAAACUUCUUAACCCCUAGACCGGUUUUUAGUCCAUUGACUAUGCAGCCUAAUGUGAUAGACUGGAGUGAUGUUAGAAAACACAAAUAUGGUCACCUAUCAGAGUCUGCAUCCCAAUAUCAAGAAGCUGCUGACAUCCUGGAGCUAGGGUUGUAAAGAAGAUUACAUGAGCUAAUGGAUGUGAAAACAUCUUAAAAACUCUCAAAUACUUUUCAACUUUGGAGGAUUAUUAUGAUUUUCAUUCUGUUCAGCGGCUAUACUCAGACUUUACUCUAAGUCAAAUCUUCUGACAUUCUUUGAAGUGAAGCAUUCUAUGAAUGUGAGCUGAAGAAAUGAAUGAAAUGAAAUAAUGCAGGUCAUUUUACCUGGGACAAAUACCUAAAAGAAACAUGUUCAGUCCCAGCGCCUGUCCAUUGCUUCAAGCAGUCCUACACACCUCCAAGCAACGAAUUCAAGAUCAGUAUGAAAUUGGAAGCACAGGACCCCAGGAACACCACAUCCACCUGUAUUGCCACAGUAGUUGGACUGACAGGUGCCCGCCUUCGCCUGCGCCUUGAUGGGAGCGACAACAAAAAUGACUUCUGGCGGCUGGUUGACUCAGCUGAAAUCCAGCCUAUUGGGAACUGUGAAAAGAAUGGGGGUAUGCUACAGCCACCUCUUGGAUUUCGGCUGAAUGCGUCUUCUUGGCCUAUGUUCCUUUUGAAGACGCUAAAUGGAGCAGAGAUGGCUCCCAUCAGGAUUUUCCACAAGGAGCCACCAUCGCCUUCCCACAACUUCUUCAAAAUGGGAAUGAAGCUAGAAGCUGUGGACAGGAAGAACCCUCAUUUCAUUUGCCCAGCCACUAUUGGGGAGGUUCGGGGCUCAGAGGUGCUUGUCACUUUUGAUGGGUGGCGAGGGGCCUUUGACUACUGGUGCCGCUUCGACUCCCGAGACAUCUUCCCUGUGGGCUGGUGUUCCUUGACUGGAGACAACCUGCAGCCUCCUGGCACCAAAGUUGUGAUUCCAAAGAAUCCCUAUCCUGCCUCCGAUGUGAAUACUGAGAAGCCCAGCAUCCACAGCAGCACCAAAACUGUCUUGGAACAUCAACCAGGGCAGAGAGGGCGUAAACCAGGAAAGAAGCGGGGCCGGACACCCAAGACCCUAAUUUCCCAUCCCAUCUCUGCCCCAUCCAAGACAGCUGAACCUUUGAAAUUCCCAAAGAAGAGAGGUCCCAAACCUGGCAGCAAGAGGAAACCUCGGACUUUGCCGAACCCACCACCUGCCUCACCAACAACCAGCACUCCUGAACCAGAUACCAGCACUGUACCCCAAGAUGCUGCCACCAUCCCCAGCUCAGCCAUGCAGGCCCCAACAGUUUGUAUCUACUUGAACAAGAAUGGCAGCACAGGCCCCCACUUAGAUAAGAAGAAGGUCCAGCAACUCCCUGACCAUUUUGGACCAGCCCGUGCCUCUGUGGUGUUGCAGCAGGCUGUCCAGGCCUGUAUCGACUGUGCUUAUCACCAGAAAACCGUCUUCAGCUUCCUCAAGCAAGGCCAUGGUGGUGAGGUUAUCUCAGCUGUGUUUGACCGGGAACAGCAUACCCUCAACCUCCCAGCAGUCAACAGCAUCACCUACGUCCUCCGCUUCCUGGAGAAACUCUGCCACAACCUUCGUAGUGACAAUCUGUUUGGCAACCAGCCCUUUACACAGACUCACUUGUCACUCACUGCCACAGAGUACAGCCACAGCCACGACAGGUACCUACCAGGUGAAACCUUUGUCCUGGGGAAUAGUCUGGCCCGCUCCUUGGAACCACACUCAGACUCAAUGGACUCUGCCUCGAAUCCCACCAACCUUGUCAGCACCUCCCAAAGGCACCGGCCCUUGCUUCCAUCCUGUGGCCUCCCACCAAGCACUGCCUCAGCUGUGCGCAGGCUAUGCUCCAGGGGGUCGGACCGAUACCUGGAGAGCCGGGAUGCCUCUCGACUGAGUGGCCGGGACCCCUCCUCAUGGACAGUCGAGGACGUGAUGCAGUUUGUCCGGGAAGCUGAUCCUCAGCUUGGACCCCACGCUGACCUCUUUCGCAAACACGAGAUCGAUGGCAAGGCCCUGCUGCUGCUGCGCAGUGACAUGAUGAUGAAGUACAUGGGCCUGAAGCUGGGGCCUGCGCUCAAGCUCUCCUACCACAUUGACCGGCUGAAGCAGGGCAAGUUCUGAACCAGGAGAGGCAGCCUAGACAACCAAGUGGCAGCAGGUGGGGGCAUUCUUCUAGGCAUGGGGGGCAUCAGCCCACCCCAGGCACCUCAGUGGGGUUCCGGGCCACCUCAGGACUCCAAGAGGCUGUGUGGAGCCACCACUCCUAGCCACAGCUGCCAUGAUAAGUCCUUCCAUGAAGGACUGAGAAGGAAGAGUGGGGGUCCAGGGCUGGUGCUGCCCUUCCCUCAGCUCUGCCGGGGCUCUAAGGUCCCUCUAUUUAUUUCUCAAGCCUGGCUGGCCUCUCACCAGGAGUUUAGGCUGAAUGCCUUCCAAGUGAUGGAGGAAAAGACCAACUCUGUCCUGGUCUUGCUGUGGCACCCCAUCACCCCACAGCUCCUACCUUCUCACCAGAUUCCCCUGAAUCCAAACUCAUGGUGCAAACCUCUACCUUUUUUACAAAAAGAUGUUACUGUUAAUUUAUUGUUUCUGGCACUUCGGCAAACCCUGUAGUUAAAUAUUCCUCCCACAAUAGACACUGGGUUUCAGGCGGAGGGAGACUGCCCUGCCUUGGUCCCAGAGAGGCCCUCUCCAGAUGGGCGUGGCCCCUCUUCAGAGGACACUACCCUAGGGCAUUUUCUCUUUGAGGUGGAGAGACCCAUAAAGCCUUGACCACAUCACUCCAUAUGGGGAAGAGAAGGAUCCCUGUCACCUUCUCCUCUCUUCACGGGGCCCUUUUGCAGCCCUAGGCCUCAUCUGUGGGAAGGGAGUCCCUGGCCCAUACUGCCCCCACCACAGCUCCUUGCCCUGGCCAGAACCGCUAUCGAAGAAGAUCAGGCCAGAAGGCCAAGAAGGCGCUGAGGGGGAUGGGAGGGCAGGUUUUCCAGCCUGGAGUCGGUUCCACCCACUCUGCUGUCCAUAUGCUUCCUUGUAAGCAAGUCAGCAGCACAGCUACUCACGCUGCCAUCUGGACUUAUUUUAUGUCAAUCUGUUUAUAAAUAAAAACCAAUAUAGAUA